AUGGCGCCCCAGCUUGGCUACGAGCCUGUCGAUGCUACAGACGUGCCGCCUCCUAGAGAAAUCGAGGUAUCGGUUCCUGGCGGUAUCUCGGCCACUAUAGCGGUGCCGCACGGUGUGGACUCCGAUGAUCCACGAUGGGCUACUCCAACUAAAAGAAUGGUGCUUAUCUUGCACGGCCAGAUGGGUCAUCUUGGCAGCUUAUCGGGCAUGUACUCGUUGAGAAUAGACUUUCGUGGUUGUGGAGCACUGGAUGAUUGUGCUGACCCUAAGGUGGGACGUGUUGUCGAGUCGGACCUUGAGGACAUAACCCGAUGCAUGGAAUUUAUUACGAAUGCGUCGUUGAACCCGCUAGGCGUGUCGUUUGUGCCUCUGGCUAUAGUAGCACACUCUCGAGGUGCUGUGGUGAUGUACUUGUGGGCUUUGCAGCAGGAAGCCUUGCUCAAGAAUGGAGAUCCAGAAAGAAAGGCCUUCAACGUGCCAAACUUGGUGAGCUGCUCAACUAGAUACAAUUCUCUCACGAUGUUUGAGAAGGAGGACAUCAUCGAUGACGACUUUGAGUUCUUGGAAAUGAGAUGUCUUCGUCAUGGUAAGGUUCAACUCGUGGAGGUGCCUCGUCAUGAAUUGAACAGUCUUAUCGAUGCUGACUUGACUUGUGUCAAGGACCUUCCAGCAAAUUGGUCCGUGUUGAGUGUCUACGGAAUGGAAGACGAGGUUGUUUCUGCUAAUGAUGGCGCCCAGUUCUCCAACCUCCUAAGCAGAUGUCGAUACUCCAUCAUCUCGAACUUAUUGAAAACGCUGACCACAUACAGCGAAGAGGACCAAGAGGACUACAAUCCUCAAGGCUGGCCGGUUGCACCAAACAAGCUUGUCAAUUAUAGGCACCAUGCAGCGGCUGCCAUUUUGCACUGGCUCAAGCCAGAAAAUGAACUGCUUCGCUUCUUGUAUGCCAACGCUUCAAUUCAAUCUGUUCCACGCUGGAAAUCAGCAGAUGGUUUAUACAAUUUUAGAGACAUUGGUGGCUGGCAGUUGAUCAGGCCCACCUUUUCAAAGAGUCUGAAGGUCGGCCUGUCUAUUUCUGUGAGGUCCAACUACAUUUAUCGCUCUUCUGGGAUCAACUCUAUCACUGGCGGAGGAGCUGACACCCUUGGAAAGAUGGGCGUGAAAACCGUCUUUGAUUUGAGAUCUCCUCAAGAAGCUGCUGGUGAUUUGGACCCUGGCUACUUAACUCAUGCUGGUAUCAAGGUUAUAAAAUCUCCUAUUUUCGACUUGGAGCUGGUUGCGCCUGAGAAACUAGCCAAGACGCUUGUUUCGAGCAGUCAAAGCAAGAACAAGUCCGAGCAUAUUUACAAAGAGAUCCUCAGGGAAGGCAUCCCGCUGCUUCGAACAAUAUUCACUUACAUCAAAGAUCACCCGCUUGAACCAUUGCUUUUAUCCUGUUCGAACGGGCAAGAUUUGACUGGCGUUGUCAUCAUGUUGAUCUUGAGCUUGUGUGGAGUUGAAAAGCACGUUAUUGCUCACGAGCAAGGCUUGAGUGUCAUUGGAACUCACAUGCGCCGCCAGGUUGCCCAGAACAAACUGGUUGAACGUGUUUUUACCAAUAGCUCUUCUGUGAAUGAGGAGAAUAUAGCUGUCAGCAUGUUUAGGACACUUGACACUCUAGAGGAAAAUUAUGGUGGAAUCAAGGGCUAUAUGGGAGUCCAGCUAGGUUUCGAUGAAAGCGAGGUGAAGGCAAUCUACAAUAACUUGGUAACACCGCAAGCAAAGGGCCAAAUUAGCUUCCCAGUAAGCAAAAUUUAA